AGGGGAGGGGGCAGGCGGCAAGGCCAGAGUCCAGUCAGGACACCAGGCACGAGUGACCUUGCUGGGGAAAGGAGCCAAGAAGCAGGUGUCUGGGGCCUGGGACCUCCCGCCUGAGAGGAGCAGGAGCCCAAGCCCCCUGGUUUGGACGCAGGUGCAGUCCUCAAGGCCUCAGGAGACUCCUGGGCUGAAAGCACGGAGAAGCUAAAGCCAACCCGGGCCUCCUCCCUCCAUCACUGAGCAAGAGGUAGUAGGAGCGGCUGCUGCCUCCUCCUCCCCUCCCCUCCGCCACGCUGAGGCUGAGCCGCCCGGGCUGCAGGUUGUCUUGGCAACGGGAGGCGGAGAGGAGAUGCGCCGAGGGAUGGAGGUAUAUGUCACCGAGGAGGCUGCCGUGCUCCUGCCCCACGCCCCAGGCCCUUGAAGACUCCCACUCGGUCAGCAGCGGGGAGAGCGACCGAGGCAUGAGGACGCCACAGCGCGGUGGUAACGCCCUGUCUGCUUUCGCCGCCCCGAGCGCCCCGAGGACAGCCUGAGACCCUGCCCUCUCCCCUUCCGCACAGGGCUCGCAAGUGAUCCGACCAGCGGGCUCCCUGCCGCAUGGAACGGCUGCAGAAGCAACCACUUACCUCCCCUGGGAGCGUGAGCUCCUCCCGAGACUCCAGUGUUCCUGGCUCCCCCUCCAGCAUCGCGGCCAAGAUGGACAAUCAGGUGCUGGGCUACAAGGACCUGGCUGCCAUCCCCAAGGACAAGGCCAUCCUGGACAUCGAGCGGCCUGACCUCAUGAUCUAUGAGCCACACUUUACCUACUCCCUGCUGGAACACAUGGAACUGCCCAGAAGCCGAGAGCGCUCACUGUCACCCAAAUCCACAUCCCCCCCACCAUCCCCAGAGGUGUGGGCAGAGAGCCGAUCCCCCGGAAUCAUCUCUCAGGCUUCAACCCCAAGAACCACUGGGACCCCCCGGACCAGCCUGCCCCAUUUCCACCAUCCUGAGACCACUCGCCCAGAUUCCAAUAUUUACAAGAAGCCACCCAUCUAUAAGCAGAAAGAAUCUGUGGGGGGCAGCCCUCAGAGCAAGCACCUCAUUGAGGACUUCAUCAUUGAGUCCUCCAAGUUCCCGGCGGCUCAACCUCCUGACCCCAACCAGCCGGCCAAGAUCGAAACCGACUACUGGCCAUGCCCCCCAUCACUGGCUGUCGUAGAGACAGAAUGGAGGAAGCGGAAGGCAUCUAGGAGAGGGGCUGAGGAAGAGGAGGAAGAGGAAGAAGAUGACUCCGGAGAGGAGAUGAAGGCUCUCAGGGAGCGUCAGAAAGAGGAACUCAGUAAGGUUACUUCCAACUUGGGAAAGAUGAUCUUGAAAGAAGAGAUGGAAAAGUCAUUGCCUAUCCGGAGGAAAACCCGCUCCCUGCCUGACCGGACACCCUUCCAAACCCCCUUGCACCCAGGAACAUCGAAGUCGUCUUCUCUCCCUGCCUAUGGCAGAACCACUCUGAGCCGGCUACAGUCCACGGAUUUCAGCCCAUCAGGAAGUGAGACUGGAAGCCCAGGCCUCCAGAACGGAGAGGGCCAGAGGGGGAGGAUGGACCGGGGGAACUCCCUGCCCUGUGUGCUGGAGCAGAAGAUAUAUCCCUAUGAAAUGCUGGUGGUGACCAAUAAGGGGCGAACCAAGCUGCCCCCUGGCGUGGAUCGGAUGCGGCUUGAGAGACAUCUGUCAGCCGAGGACUUCUCAAGAGUCUUUUCCAUGUCUCCUGAAGAGUUUAGCAAGCUGGCUCUGUGGAAGCGGAAUGAACUCAAGAAAAAGGCCUCUCUCUUCUGAUCACCGCUGCCCUCUGACUGACCCCUCACCCUGCUGCUUUGGGGCUCUGGAGCUGGGGUCGCAAGAUCCCCAAACAUCCUCUUACCCUGGGGGCUGGGAGCGGUCAUCUCUUGGGGGUGGGGGGUGGGGGGGCUGGCUCCAUUCCCCAAGUAGAGUGGGAGGCCAAGUCCACUGCCACUGGGGGCUGUGGGGCUGGACUUUCUUCCCCAUAAUAGCCAGGGGGCCGCCCUCUCUCUUCCGUGGUUCUUGCUGUACAGGGCAAACCCAGCCUGUACUCCAACACACACAGAGUCAAUGUUUGUACCCUCUUCCUGCCCCUCACCCCCACAUAAAGUCCCAGAAGAGGAUGAGGAGACAUGAAAGCGGGGACUUGGUAGUCAGGCCUGUCAACUGUCUUAAACCAUGAAUAGAAGCCGUUGCCCUGGUGGUAGGAGGAUGGGCGUGGGAAGCAGCCAAGCAGGGAGAACUCCAGAACCCUGUGUAUGCCCAAGCACUACUCUGCGCCUCACUUUUGACAGCUUCCCCUGUACCCAGGACUUCUGUUUUCCUGGCUGGAGCAGGAGCAGGCUAGAGUUCUGACCUCCAGCAGGGAAGUCGCCCUUCCCUCUAGCUUGCCCUGUGCUCUACUUGUGACCCCCAAGCUCUGAAGCCUCUUGCUCCAGCCCCAUGGCUUUCCCAGGAGCCUUGGCUUAGAGUGGAGAUGUUACCUAUACCAGGUCCCCAGCCCACCACCAGCCUCCAGGCAAAGUCAGCUAGAAUUCUGUCUUCCAGCACCAACCCAGGCACUGGAGAGAACCCAGGAGGCCAGGCCACAGGAACAUUUCUGAGUGUCCUGGCUACCAGGCCCCACCCAUACCCAUGCAUCCCAUACCACCCUCUCUGAAGAAUGUAAUUUAUUGGGGUACCCCCCAGCUGCUUUCCUCACCUAACUCUCUGCCCUACCUUAGUCCCACUCCGAGCUUUUCUUCUCUACAAAUACAUAUGUGUAUAUAAUUAUAUAAAUAUAUAUAUAUCUAUUUUGCCCAGGCCUGGGUUUUGUCCUGCCCAGACCCUGGCAUCCCUUUCCACUCUGUGUGUGCUAAUGCUGGGGGAGGGGGACAUGCUUGGAAUUAAAGGUUGUGUUGGGUCCCCGAA